AUGCAGGACGGGAGUUGGAAUCAGCCACUCCCCAUCUCUCUGCUACUCAAGGACCCGUCAGGGAGCGGGACUUUGGAGGGCGAUGGGGGUGUGUUUUCUGAGGCAUCCUCUGAUGGUGAUCUAUACCUGGACUCCGUAGCAGAGCUGGAUUCUGGAGAUGGGGACUUUGCAGAUCUUACUGCCUUCCUCAGUGCAGAGGAGAUUAAUCGUAGCCUGGACCUGGCCCGGGAGGCCUUCAGUGAUGCAGGUGAAUCUGGAGAUCCAGACCCCCCUAAUCCUAUACCUCAGGAGCAGGUUCUCCACCCCCUCCCCUCCCUCCCUAACUUCUCUGUCCCUGUCCAGACGACUGAACACCCGACCAAAAGCCCCAACCUGCAGCAGCAGACCAAAGCCCCCUGCCCAGAAGACAGUGUCUCAGUCAAAGUCUCCUCCAGCCAGAGUGUCCCCAUCAACAGGCCCAUACAGGCCUCCACUGAGGCCCCGUCCUCUGCUGAGAAAUUUGUCUGCCACAAGUCCAUCACACCCGUGUAUAAGCAGGAUAAGCCCAGGCUGGUUCAUGAAGGCCUGGAGCUGAAUGAGCGAGCCGCCUCAGCUACAGAGUUCUGCAGCCGUGCUGCCACUUUCAUCGAGGAGUUAUCCUCCAUCUUUAAAGGUUCUGCUCGCUUAGAGCAGCACGGAGAGGAGGACUCUUCCUCUCCAGACAGUGGCUACCUGUCUCCUAAGAGUCAAAGGUUAGCCCACCAGGGCUCAGGCUCUGCUCCCCCACAGCCUCCCAGCCAGCAAGGGGUGGCACAGCACAACCAGCCAGCCAUGGAUCCUCAGCCAGCAGACUCAGUGGGAGGGUCAGAGUCUACAAGGUACCAGCAGUCCGGAGCUCAGACCACAUCUGGACCUUUGUCUCCACCUCGCUUCACCCAGAAGCUGAAGAGUCAGGAAGUGGCAGAGGGAAGCCCCAUUCGGCUGGAGUGCAGAGUCGAAGGAAACCCCCUUCCACUGGUCAGGUGGUUCUGUGAGGGCCGCGAGCUGCACAACUCUCCUGACAUCCAGAUCUGGAGGGAUGGUGACCUGCAUACACUGGUGAUCGCUGAAGCAUUUGAGGACGACACGGGACGUUACACCUGCGUGGCCUCCAACAGUCUUGGAGCAGACAAUACCUCUGCUGAGGUCUACAUCGAAGGCGCUUCAUCAUCAGACUCAGAAGGGGAAGGAGCAGUGUCAAAGUCCAGAUCAGGAGCCAUGCCUCACGUUCAGAAGAAGAUGACUUCGAUGUCCCUGACCAUCCGCUCAGCUUCACCUAAGACCACUGAUGUCCUCCCUCAUCGCUCCACUCUGGUCCAGUCCCUGUCUCAGCCUCCACAGCGAAUGCAGAGCCCGGUUUCAUCACUGUACGGUGGUGACGCUCCUGUUGCAGCACCUCCUACAUUCACUAAGCUCUUGCAGGACACCCAGGCAUCUGAGGGUCAGGUGGUUGUUCUGGAGUGCAGGGUGCGGGGAAGCCCUCCUCUGCAGGUCCAAUGGUACCGCCAGGGAGAGGAAAUCCAGGACUCCCCGGACUUCCGCAUCCUCCAGAAAAAGCCUCGAUCUGCAGCUGAGCCAGAGGAGAUCUGCACCCUGGUGAUAGCUGAGGCCUUUCCAGAGGACGGAGGUCUGUUCUGCUGCACUGCAAACAAUCUCUACGGCUCUGUCAGCAGCAUGGCCCAGCUUACUGUCACCGCAGCUGCUGAGGACUCAUCCAGUAAUGGUGUGUCUGGUGAUGGCUCAGGGUUUGAAGAUGCCGCAGCCUUCCCACCUCCUCCCCCACCCACAGAGAUCAGCCUCUUAGAGCUACCACCCAAGACGCUGCCUCAGCCCAGCGCCGAGGGUUUCCACGUUAAUGAGAUGGAGAUAUGGCCCAGUGUGUCAGCUUUACCACCGGUGCAGAUGGGCUCAGAACUGGAGGGUAAGGACAAGGCCAAAGGCUCAAUACAAAAUGGCCAACCCCCAAAUCCACCGUCACCACCAAGCCUGCCUAAAGAGACCCUACCACCUCCAUCACCUCCAUCGUCACUUCACUCUGAACCUACAACAGAGCUCCCAGCUCCAACCCAGGCUCCAGACACACCUCCAACACCAGGAAAGCUGUCUCCAUCCCCUGGGAAGGAGGGUCCUCCGCUGCCUACCAAGCCUAAGCCAAAACUGAACGCGGCCCAGCUGAAGCAGCUGCAGGACCAAAUUCUUUUGGAGCAGCAGGAAGCAGCAAAUUGGCAGCAGCAGCAGGAGCAGCAGCAAGGCCAGGAAGUCCCUCCUCCAGCACAGCAACAGCAGCAUCAACCCCAGGAAGCGCCUCUACCCGCUCCACCCUCUCCUCCUCUUCCCCCUCCUCCCUCCUUCCAGGAGCUGGAGAGCAGUGCAGCCAUGCAGACCAGCACCUUCAACUACGCCCGGCCUAAGCAGUUCAUCGCCGCUCAGAGCCCAUCAGGGGCCGGGCCCAUAGGGGGCUAUGUCACCCAAUCCUCAGGCUCCUCUGGCUCCAACCUGUCCUCCCCUCUCUCCCCCCCAACCUCACACAAGCCCUUCAACAGGGUCACCCUGCCGCCCUUCACUAAGGCAAGCAGCGUGGAGUCUCCAAGUUCUCCCUCCUUCCCUCCUCCGCCUCCGCCCUUCCUCAGCUCCAGUAACCUGUCCUCUCCAUCAGGCCCCGCCCAAGAUUUCCCUCCUCCCCCGCCCCCGCCCCCUCCGCCCAUCUCCUCGGGCUUCAUGUCUCCAGCCCACUCAGACAUCUCCUCUCCGUUCACCUCCGUCCCUCCGUCUCCGGCCUCCAGCUUCCUGUCAUCUGUGCUGCCCUCCACCCCCUCCACACCCACCACACCCAGCAGUCCAACAGUUAACGCCCUGGGCCUGCCCAAAGGCAAUGGGACAGUCAGAGCGUUCCCCCGGAAGUCCUCUGUCACCAGGACACCCCGCCUGGCCUCUGACUCAGACAUCCAGGGAUCCAAGGAUGCAGUCAUCCAGGACUUAGAGAGAAAGCUACGCUUUAAAGAGGAGCGCAUAAGCAAUGGUCAACAGAGGUUAACCUAUGAGGAGAAGAUGGCCCGCAGACUGCUGGGGGCCGACAACGCCGCCACAGUCUUAAACACACAGGACACAGAGGAGGAGCCAGUCACACAGGAAGGGAAGUCACCUGAUAGAGAAUCUGUCCCUCAAAAGGAAUACAAGGUGUCCAGUUUUGAGCAGCGUCUGAUCAGUGAGAUUGAGUUCCGUCUGGAGCGCUCUCCAGUGGAGGAGUCAGACGACGACGUGCAGCAUGACGAGAACUCUGCCGGCCAAGGGGUCGCUCCGUUCUUCGACCAGAAGCUCAAACAUUACAAAGUCUUCGAGGGCAUGCCAGUCACCUUCUCCUGCAAGGUCAAUGGAGACCCCAAACCAAAGGUCUAUUGGUUUAAGGAUGGCAAGCAGAUCUCCAAGAGGAGCGAGCACUACAGGAUCAGCCGUGAGCCUGAUGGGACCUGCUGUCUUCACACCGCUGCAGCCUCACUGGAUGACGACGGCAACUAUACCAUCAUGGCCAGCAAUCCUGAGGGCAGAGUGAGCUGCACUGGCAGGAUGAUGGUCCAGGCAGUGAACCAGCGGGGGCGCAGCCAACGCUCCACACCUGGACACAUUCGCAGGCCCAGGUCCAGAUCUAGAGACAGCGGCGAUGAGAAUGAGAACAUCCAGGAGCGUCAUUUCCGCCCGCACUUCCUGCAGGCGCCUGGCGACCUCAUCGUUCAGGAGGGACGACUCUGCCGGAUGGACUGCAAGGUGAGCGGUUUGCCCACUCCCGACCUGAUCUGGCAGCUGAACGGUCAGACCAUCCGCCCUGACUCCGCCCACAAGAUGCUGGUGAGGGAAAACGGCGUCCACUCAUUGGUUAUCGAGCCGGUGACUAGCCGUGAUGCAGGCAUCUACACCUGCAUCGCCAGCAACCGGGCAGGACAGAACUCUUUCAACCUGGAGCUCAUCGUUGCAGCCAAAGAGAUGCACAAGGCCCCCUCAUUUGUGGAGAAGCUGCAGAACACCAGUGUUGCUGAGGGUUACCCUGUGCGACUGGAGUGCCGCGUCACCGGGGUUCCCUACCCACAGAUCUUCUGGAAGAGGGAGAAUGAGUCGUUCACUCACAACACAGACAGGAUCAGCAUGCAUCAGGACAACUGUGGGUACCUGUGUAUGAUCAUCCAGCCCGCCAUGAAGGAGGAUGCUGGCUGGUACACCGUGUCAGCCAAGAACGACGCUGGCAUUGUAUCCAGCACCGCACGCCUCGAUGUCCACACUCAGUGGCAGCAGCCCAACCUCCCCAAGCCGAAGAAGGUGCGUCCCUCCACCAGCCGCUACGCUGCGCUGACAGAGAGAGGCCUGGAUGUGAAGGCGGCCUUCUUCCCCGACUCCAGCCCGCUGCAGCCCGGUGGCCUGGUGGAAAGCGAUGACCUGUAG